AUGGCUACUUCGGAAUCCCAAAAUCCCGAACUCAUCAAAGGUAGAUACGACAUUUUCUUGAGCUUCAGGGGCUUAGACACCCGCAAGAAGUUCACCGAUCACCUCUACCACGCUCUCACGCGUGAGGGGUUCCGUACAUUCAGAGACAACGACGAGAUCGAGAGGGGUGAGGAUAUCGAGCUUGAGUUGUGGGAAGCAAUCCGGAAUUCGAGGAUGUCGGUGAUCGUGUUAUCGGAAAGCUACGCUAAUUCGACGGCCUGCCUGUGUGAACUCCAGGCGAUUGUCAAGCUCUAUAAGAAGUCGGAUCAUUUCAUUUUGCCUGUGUUUUACGAGGUGGAACCUGAGGAGCUCAAGGAGCAGUCAAAGAAUUUGGUGUUCAAAGAAAAGGAAGUGAAUGUUGAGAAAGUGAAGGGAUGGAGUGCAGCGCUUAACGAGGUUGCGAGCAUGGCUGGGAUGGUUUCCCGGAAGGAAUCUCAUGGAUAUGAAGCCAAGUUCAUUGAGGAAAUUGUUGGUGAACUCAAAAGCAAGCUACCUGGCAAGCAAUUGAGGGUUGGCGAUCAUCUAGUAAGUAUGGAUUUGCGAACCAAUCUUGUUACUUCAUGGCUAAAAGAUAGGUCAACCGGGGUUGACAUUCUUUUGAUAUAUGGAAUGGGUGGAAUAGGGAAGACGACAAUUGCUAAAGUUGUUUUCAAUUCAAACCAUGGUAGGUAUGAUGCUGCUUGUUUUCUCCAAAAUAUUAGGGAAGUUGCCAAAGGACACAAUGGAUUAGUUUGUUUACAAAGACAACUUCUUUCAGAUAUUUUGAGGAAAGAAGAGCGCGAAGUAAACGAUGUUGAUGAUGGAUGUAGGAGGAUGAAGUAUGUGUUAAGAAACAAAAGAGUUCUUCUUGUCCUUGAUGAUGUGGAUCAAACAGACCAACUAGUUGCAUUAGCUGGCCAACAAGAUUGGUUUUUCCCAGGAAGCAAAAUUAUCAUAACCACUAGGAUCGAGAGCAUGAUGAAUGCUGAUGAAAUUUAUGAAGUGUAUAGGCCUGGAAAAUUAUCCCAUGAUGAAUCACUUGAGCUUUUUAGUUGGCAUGCUUUUGGACAAAAACACCCCAUUCAAGGUCACAUGGACUUAUCGAAAAGGUUUGUACAACAUUGCGAUGGACUUCCUCUAGCUCUUAAAGUAUUGGGCUCCUCUGUACGACGGAAAAACAUAGAUAUAUGGGAAAGUGAGUUACAGAAAUUGGAAACAACUUCUUGUAAUACAAUUCUGGAAAAACUUGAAAUAAGUUAUGAUUCUCUAAAAGAUAACCACGAUAAAAAUCUAUUCCUGGACAUAGCUUGUUUCUUUGUUGGACAGCAUAAAACUGAAACAAUCACAAUACUAGAAGGAUGUGAUUAUGCUGCACUUGCUGGAAUUCAUAAUCUCGUCGACAGAAAUCUCUUGCAAAUUGUGAAUGAGAAGUUGCAAAUGCAUGAGUUACUUCAGGACAUGGGAAAACAAAUUGUUUACCGUGAAUCUAAUUAUCCGGAGAAGCGUAGCAGAAUUUGGGGCCCUAAAGAAUCCUUCAACAUUUUGCAAGAAAAAAUUGGUACGAAAAAAAUUGAAGGCCUCACACUUGACAUUAGCAUGUUGAGAAAUUCAAACAUGGUUGUCUUUGAAGCAAAUACAUUUGAAAAGAUGUAUAAUCUGAGACUACUCAAGAUGACUAGUGUAAAACUCUCUGGGACUUAUAAGGCAUUUCCCAAAAGAUUACGAUGGUUGUAUUGGCGUGGUUUUCCUUCAAAAUCUUUCCCCAAUGAUUUUCCUCUGGAGAACUUGGUCUCUCUUGACAUGCGCUAUAGCAACUUGAAACAAGUUUGGAAAGGAGCCAAGGUUCUUGGAUCAAUGAAAAUUUUAAAUCUCAGUCACUCCCCAAAAUUGGUGAAAACUCCAGAUUUCUCGAGAAUCCCCAACCUAGAGAAAUUGGUUCUCAAAGCUUGUCCAAGUUUGUUUGAGGUCCAUGAAUCCAUCGUAGAACUACAAAGGAUAGAGUCACUGAAUCUACAAGAUUGCAAAAAUCUGAGAAAGCUUCCAAAAAAUAUUGGUAUGGUAGAAUCGCUUGUGGAAAUAGAUAUUUCCAGCUGCUCAAAUCUUAUGGGGGCAAUGGAGGAGCUGGAGAAGAUGAAAUCAUUGCAAGUGCUCAAGGCUAGUGGAUUAAUGGAUAUAAAUCGUGUCCUUACUGUGGAGGUUGUAUCACAAGCAUCUAUUUGGCCUUGGGUUCCAAAACCAAGGGUACAAAUGUCAUUGGCCUCUUUACCAAGCUCUUUGGUCCGUUUAAAUCUUUCUACUUGCAAUCUAACCGAUGAUGCGUUUCCCAGGGAUCUUAUGCUCUCCAAGUUGCAGCAUUUAUCUCUAGAUGGAAAUCCAAUUUCUAGCCUACCAAACUUUAUUAAAGAUCAUAAAAGUCUCCAAAUCUUGUUUUUAAGAAAUUGUUCAAAGCUCCAGCAGAUUCUAUGGCCAUCGACCAGCUUAGACACUCUGGUUGUCAAUCAUGGCAAUGCAUUGGAAAAAGUAACAUUUGAGACGGGAUUCAGUUUUGGAUACCUCACACGUCUUUACUGCCGUAAAUUAAAUCACAUUCAGGGAAAUUUCAAGGUCUCACCCGUCAGAGAAGUUGAUGUGGAACUGCUCAACAGUAUUGGCUUCUUCAACUUGGACUCUAUGGCACAUGUUGAGGCUAAACUUGUGAAUCACUAUUCGGGAAUGCACGGUGACGUGGUUCCCAUUCAGAUACUGUAUCAAGAUCACACAUUCCACGCAUUUUUUCCUGGGAGAGAAGUUCCACAGUGGUUUAGCAAGAAGAACGGUGGAUCCAGCAUAUCAUUUACUACGACCUUAUCUCCUCAUUUCGGUUUUCGAGGCUUGAAUCUUUGUGCGGUGUAUACAUUUCCGGACGAUGUUCAACACUGGCCAUUUGCCUUUUCUUUUGAAAUCAGUAGCAAGACCCUUUGCAUGAAGACUGUCUUUAUAAUAAAAUUCUAUGGCAUUCAGGAAAAAGGUGGAGAUAUGGUAUGGUUAAGCCAUUGCUUCAAAGCAAAUCUGUUUACAGAGGGCGAUGAAGUGGAAGUUUCUUUCAGCAAUGAUAUAAGUAGCGAACAUUUUAAGGAGUGUGGAGUCCACCUUUUGUACUUUGAAGAACAGGGAGAAUUGCUCCAACACAUUAGCACUCUACAACGCUCAUGGGAUCCAAAUUUGUCUCUAUAUGAGCCUGAGGCAGAAGCACCAGAGAUGUACGAAGCAGGGGUGUAUACAGCCAUAUACGAUGGAGUGCAACUGGCAACUUGCUCCAAUGAAGCAUCGAGCUCCUACAAAUUUUGUACAAGCUGAUCACUUGUUAAACCACUGAAUUCGGAUGCAUGAAAUGAGAGAAGUUCGGGUACAGCAAACGUGUAUCUUUUGUGGAACGCCUACCUUCACAAACAGCCUAGCUAUUGAACAAUCUCUAAGCACAUGGGUGAAUUCUUUUGAGGAGUUACAAGCUGCAUGUAUUAGAAUAAAUAAAUAUCUUGUAAUCAAUAAAUAUGUCUUUGGAUAAG